AUGUGUCUUAUCCUUCAGCCUACCUCCCAAUGCAAGGUGUGUCUUCAACUCACCCGAUUCGAAGACGUAAAUCAACUCUGCGCCAACACCGUCAACAUCGCCAGCGGCACCAACUGGGCUAACAUCUCACCUUCCAUCCUAGGCUCCUGCGGCACCCUCAAGUUGACGAGGGUUCAACGCCUUGCUGAGUUCGUCUGCGAAGACUGCCGCUGGUCGGCAGAGCAGGCGGCCAAGGACUUUUACGAGUUUCUCUAUCCGUCACCGCACAAGUAUUUUGAAGACUCGGCCCACGGCUUCGCUGAAGAGUUCUUAAGCCGUUCGAGUGCGCCUCCUCCCGGUAAGCAACGUCCGUUUGUUCGAAACAACAGGCGUAAGUCUUACAGCUUGCCUCUUUUGGCCAUGACCGCAUUUCCUAGAUUCUCGAUCCCAGCCGAGUCGGGUUCGCCCCAGUCCAAGGCAUCGUCUGAGACGUCAGUUGCCACGACGCACUUGAACCACCGCUCAACUCUGGACCCGCCGGCGAGAUCCAAGUAUGAGUUCCACUCUUCAUCAAGUGUGUAUUCAUGUGCUAGUGAGUCAACCGAAGUAGACAGCCGGGACGAAAACCAGAACGACAGCCGAUGCCUUCGGUGGGCCAAUUCGGUAGACCUUAUGAACAGCAAACAACAGCCACCACCCCUGAAUAUGCUGGUCGAUCAGACCCAAAACCUUCCGGAGACCCCCAAGUCCGCCAAGCAACUCCGCAUCGUAUCAUCCUGGGGCGCGAGGGUCGUUAACAACCCCGAAGAAGACCCCUGGUGGCUACCCGAGAUCUGGGGUGCCGUACAGGACCUCACGGACGACCUUGUCGAAUAUCUCAGCAAGGCUGAGCUUGUCAGCACCUUCCACGGCCACAACGUUCACGUCUCUCGAAACGAAAACGAUACGGGUACCUGGGACGAGAGCCUCACCGUCAUCAUCGUGACGCCUGGAGGAACGAGAGCCCGCAUCGUGACUGGGGACGUGUACCAGCAGGGCGUAAGCCUAGCAGGCAUCCGCAUGAUUGAUCGCGCUCGGUACCAACACAUCUCCAAAAAGGAGCAGAAGCACAUGGAAAAGGCGGGACUCUCCUGCAUCUUCUCCCCAUGUAGAGUUGCGAGCUGUCCGCUCUCUCACAAGCAGGACCAGCAUCAGCCGUGGCCUUCGAACGGCGAGAGCUUGCUUGCUGGCUUGGAAAGGGGAUACCGGAUGCGUAAGAAUUGGAGGUCGCGGGCUAGUAUUUCUGCCUCUGCGACGCCGACCCCGAGUCCUCGACAGCAUUCGUCUCCGUCCCCUGUUCGUGGACGAUCGUCUGCUGCUGAUGGGGUGCUCUCCCGCCGUCGACCGGCCCCGCUAGAUUUGACAAAGACCAAGGAAGUGAGAUUCACUGGUGCAGCAGAUAUUACUGAAUCGACUUGGUCCCGUAGGGAUGUGACGCCUCAUCCGAGCAGUCUUCAGACAGCAAUGCCAGAUGAGGAGGAGGGCCCCCUCACAACGCCUGACUGGUUCGAACCUCUCAUGGACACACCACUCAAGGUAAGAGGCGAUAUGAUGAUGGAGUACAAGGAUAGAGCGGGUAGAGUUCAACCCCCAAACUACGAAUCUAACCCACCCUCCGAAAGCAAUGGAUCGCCGCCACCCCGUGUUCGUUCUGAGGCCAAUCGACAGCAGAUCCCGCAGACUGGGGGUGCUUCUGUCUUUGGGCAAGUAUAUAACGCCAGAAGAGCCGCAGCUGCUGCGGCUGCUGCGGCUGAUAUAUCAAGAGACGACACCUCCAAUUUGCGUCGCCCUACCUAUGCUCUGAAUCAGUUAUGGAUUUCCGGCCCUGAUGAGGACGAUACUGAUAUCUUUGAUCCCCCAUCCCGAUAG